AUGCCAUCAAAUUCUCAUGGAGAUAGAGAUAAGAUUGGGCAUGAAAGGAAGAAGAAAUCAGAAGUGGGUGGAGAAAAGCAUUACAGAGGGGUGAGGAAAAGGCCAUGGGGGAAAUAUGCUACUGGGAUUAGAGACUCAAACAGAAAGGGGAUUAGAAUAUGGCUUGGGACAUUCAAUAGUGCAGAGGAAGCGGCCAUGGCUUACGGCAGUUCUGCCCUAAGCAUUAGAGGCCCAAGAGCUAUCCUCAACUUUCCUAUAAUAAACUCUCAUUUCAUGAGUUCACAAGCAUUCAAGGAGGAGGAGAGUCUUGGAAGUGGAGAUCAUAUUGCAAAAGAAGAAGAAGAAGAAGAAGGAGGGAAGAACAUGUGA